AGACAAACGAGCGUUUGGUCGUCUGGUGCAAAGCUAGAGAAAUUUGGUGUAUUUUAACAGUGCGUAGUGCAGCUCACACAGUGCAUUCAAGUGUAUCGUGAAAACCCAGCAUUAGCGCAGCAGCAACACACAACCCGUUGAACAUGUUUUCCGGAUUAACGAAUCAAGUGACCUCGUGGAUUGGAGCGGCCAAGGGCGAACCGCAGGACGAAGAAGUCCCGACACCCCCGAACUCGGCCGCCACCACUGCGACAGCGACCACUUCCGGUGCUACCGCAGCAACGACUGCAACUGCAGAUGCAACUGGCGCAGCAGCGGGCGGUGACGGUGGUGACAAAAGCCCAACCAAAGGUGGCGUUUUCUCUGGCGUCUCGUCGAAGGUAACGGGUUGGCUUGGUAAUGCCUCCAUCCCGUCGAUGCCAGCCAUUCCGACGGUCUCGAUGCCCGCGAUGCCAGCGAUGCCUUCGAUGCCCUCGAUCCCGGGACUGCGGAAGGCGAACCAGACAGACGAAAACGGUGGCAUCACGAACGAGGGCCUGGUCACGUCGCCCGAGAAGGCUAGUCAAGGUAUUGCCGGCUCGACGGAUGCUGCCGAUGAGGAGGACCGGUCAAGGUAUAUUAGUGCCACUGGAGGAGCAGAUUCACGUCCUGCAACCGGCCCCGGAACACCAACUGAAGAAAAUGCUGGACAAAUCGGGCAAGUCACACAUAAAGUCACCGCCGGUGCUAAAUCGAUUGGUUCGUUCCUGUACUCUUCGUUCAAUAAAGCUGGUGAUAAGAUCAAACAUCUAAAAGAUAACAGUAUUCUGGGUGAAUUUAGCAAGGAGCAAGAGGCAUUCAUCAAAAAUCAACAAGGAGGUGGCGGUGCCGGUGCAUGUCCGUGGACCGGACAUGCUAAUGAGGCAAAGAUCAAGGAGGAAAUUCUCAGUCUUUCAGCUGAUCGCCGAAAUUUCGUCCGAGCACCACCGGCAGGUGUUGAAUUCGAUUUUGACUACGACUCGUCUUACCCAGUCGCAUUGGCCAUCAUGAAUGAUGAUAAGGAACUGGAAAAGAUGCGAUUCGAAUUGGUUCCCAAAAUUAUCACGGAAGAAAGCUUCUGGCGUAACUACUUCUAUCGUGUAUCCUUGAUAUGUCAAGCGGCCGAUUUGGGCACUCUGGGCGAUAAUAAUGAGUUCGUUAAACGAGGCGCUAGUGAAGAUACAGAGGAUAGCGAAAGAACCUCAUCUGUUGGGUCAAUACUGAAUCAAAGCGGUGACGUAAGCUCGCCUGCUUCCAGCCCUGAUGAGCAAGUCGUUCCAGCACCGAUCACGCCAGAGAAAACGACAAAAGAGCACACUAGUCGUACCGCCAAUGUUUUGCAAUCUGCACCCAGUGGUUCCGUCGGUACCAGCAAACACACACACAGUGAGUUCAUUUCUGACAGCUUUCAUACAAAUGAACAAGAUCUGGAAGAGGUGAAAGCUGGCAUGAAAAAGCUCGGUAUCGAUAGCCUUGCCCAACAGGCAAAUGAAUCGAUCGGACUUGAAUCCGAAAAAAGCGAGGAGCAAUGGGAGAAGGACCUGGAGGCGGAGCUGCAGGACUACGAGCUGGUGAACGAUGGCAGCAACGAGCGCAACACCAACUGGGAAAAGGAUGUGGACGAGCUGCUGGAGGACGAAGCGGACCUGAAAUAAAACGAAUGCUUCAAUCAAUUAUUUUGUAAUAUGAUCAACUGCAGCGUUACGAAGUGAAAAGAACGAAUUUGAUCCCCGAAGAAGCGCCAAAAACAAGCAAAGGCAUGAAAACGGGGAAGGCGGGGAUUUUAAGAAGUAUCCUUUUUUUUGUCCAGUGUUUGGAACAGUUCUAAGCUCUAAGUCAUGUCUGCACUUGUUGUGAAGGGUAAUUAAUUAAACAACGCCACGUUCACAUUUUUUGUGACCGGUUUUUUUGGGUUCAAGGCACAACCCGCUUUCGUCAAUGAAUGAAAACAUUUCCAUGUUGAACUUCUUUCUAACUUGAUCGCUUUCGGUGUACGGUGGAAUGGAAUGAAAGGAUCAAUCACCGUCUAUGUUCCGGUCCCCAUCCUACGGCACUCAGCCCUUCCAAACCUUCCUUCUGUGUGUGUAUAUGUGUGUAAGCUAAAUGCACCGCCAUUUUGCUCCUUUUUCUCCGGUAAUCCACACCUUUCGGUACUGUUUUUAUCUAAUUUUGGCAGCGUUUUUGUUAUGAGUGAGAAUGUUAUGCGAGAGGAACAGACGCUGCUGCUGCGCUAUGCUAGACUAGCGCAUCAUCUUACAAAGCAAUUGAUGAUGGGACAAUGUACCGAUGAUGAAUCGCGAGGUGCGAUCUCUGCAACUUUGACGGGGGUUUGGAAGAAUACGAAAUAAACACACCAAUAAGCACCACUUCGCUUUAAUAGACCCACCAAUAGAAUCAGCUGGCCUGUGUAAACGCGCUAGGUGUGUGAAAUGAGUAGAAACCGAUACUCAUACUAAAUAACCAAUAAGACAUACAUAAAGGAUAAAGAAACAAGUUUAAUGAUUCUCACCGACGAUGGGAACACGUCCUACUUUCUUGGAGGAUUGUUUCGAUGCAAAGAUUUCCCCUGAUGCGUGUAGUUUGAUAUUUUUUUUUAAUUUUUAUUUUGUACGUUUGUAUGUAAAAACUAAUUUAUUUGAUUUACUACAUUUCUAAUUUUUGUUACAGUUUGAUGUUUAGUUUGAGGCGUAUAAACCGCGUUUUGUCCAUUCCGGUUGUUGCAUCACGGCAUCACCAUAAACGACACAACUUUAACUAUCUUAUAGACUACAAACCAUGCGCUAAAUAUGCGCAGCGAAAGUUGUUAAACAUUAUAGAUAUUCUAUCAAGGCUAUGACUACCUUUUGCCCUUACAGUUACCUACACCACAAAACCAGAAUGUUCCGAUUGGGCAAGCCAUGUUGAAGGAGGGAAAUCUUUCAGGGAUAAUGUGUGUAGUUUAA